UGGUCGCGUUCUCGAGUUGUAAGAACAAAGAAAAGAAAGAAGCGCCAUUUCGCCAUCUGAAUCCGUGCGCUUUCGCUUGCCCUACCAUCUCAUCUUCUCGAUCCUGAACCAUCAACCACUGGUCUUUGUUGUUCCCAAGGAACAGAUACCUGAUACUUUACAGAGUAGGUAGGUACUCAGAGGCAUAUUCGAUUGCAUCAUAGCACACCCAAAGCAGAACGCGAUAAGGCUCCAGAUAUCACUUGCGGCGAAAAAGAAGACGGUCACCAGAUCUUGCCUUUCCAGGUUCAUGAAAAUACCUCUCGUUUCCUUCAAAUUUCGUUCUGGCCACAUCUGCAGUCCCUCGAGACUGUCAUCAACCCCACCACAACUCUUCUUCGUAUAUGCUUGCCAAAAGAUUCAUCACAAUGGCUGCCACCAGAGGCCUCAGCGAGAUUCCAACCCUCACCCAACUCUAUCGCGACCCUGAGUCUGCCCUUUCCGAGGCCCAUCUCUCAUCAAGAAGCGACCCUGACUAUCCCGCCUCUGAUUCCAUCAACAAGCGCAUCGGCUUGAUUCGCGGCGAUAUCACCAAGCUUCGCCUUGAUGCCAUUGUCAACGCCGCAAACAGAUCGCUACUAGGCGGAGGGGGCGUUGAUGGAGCCAUUCACAGAGCCGCUGGUCCUGAUCUGGUUAAGGAGUGUAAGACCCUCGGCCCCAUUAACACUGGCGAGGCUGUCAUCACAAAGGGUUACAACCUCCCUUCCAAGCAUGUCAUUCACACCGUCGGACCUGUGUACGCUGCAGACGCGAGCCCCAACGAGAGUCUUGCCAAUUGCUACCGCGAAAGCUUGAAGCUUGCUGUCAAGAACGGCGUGACCACGAUCGGUUUCAGCGCCAUCAGCACAGGCGUUUACGGGUUUCCCAACCUUCCUGCCGCUAAGAUCGCCUGCAGGACUGUGAGAGAAUUCCUUGAAAGCGAAGAGGGUAGCAAGCUCACCAGAGUGGUAUUUGUCACAUUUGUUGCUCCUGAUGUGAAUGCGUACAACGAGACGAUCCCACGAAUGUUUCCCCCCACUAAAGACGGAUCUGCUUAGAAAAGACCAUUUGCAAGAUUCUGCGAAGAAUUAGAAUGAUCUUGAUGGGAUUUUUGAUGUUUAAGAGGAAUACCGAGAAAUAUGUUUCUCUUAAUUCCAUGCCAAACUCAACCUAAGCAAAGGGACACUUACACCUAUUACGGUACACCUUGCGGCCCCCAUUUUAGUAUCAAGAAUACUUGGCUUGGCUCGUGGUCUUCCAGGUAAUAAGCAUGAGAGGCUAGCCUGCAUUGGCGUUUACGAACGGAUACAUAGCUUUCUAGGGGCCGUUUCAAACAGCACAUUCAAUAGAACUUCUCCAGACAUUGCAUCCUCUUCGAGGGAAACGCAACGAUAGACGCGAUAUUAGCCUUUAAUGGAAAUAUUUAUGCUGAAA